UCGCGCGCAAAGUGGGCGGGGCAAGUGGUAUCGGUCUGAAAGGUAACAGGUUGUCUUUAGCAAAUGUUUCCCUGGGGAUUAUUAGUUAGACCUGUCACAUUUAAAGAAACGUCCUUUACUUUUACACUAUUAGUUCUCAUGAAGGAGAGCAGCAGGAAGUAACAGAGGAACAUUCAGCAGAGUGAAAUAUAAACUUUGCCGUCAUAUCAGGAUGUCUGCUCCUGUCUCAGGUAGGAAGACCCCCGUGGACUAUGGCGUACAGAUUCGUUUUAUAAAUGACCUGCAAGACACCGGAGGGGGGGUGAGUGGGCAGCCUCGGAAAGAGGGGCCCAAAAAACAGCAGUCUCGCUAUGGAGUGGCAGUGAGGGUGCAGGGCAUCGGUGGGCAGCCCUACGUUGUACUGAAAGAGGGAGAGAAAGGAGAUUCAUAUGGAGUACAGCUGAGAACCCAACCACCUGCCUACAGCAGCCUGCCUAGGAGGAGAGAGGAUGGGGUAAUCCAGGGGCCGUAUUUCUCAUCUGGAGGGAACACCCCCCUGCGCCGUGCUCAGUCUCACGGAUCCCUGUUGGAGAGAGAAAACAGCAGCGAAGACUUUACAGAUGAACUCCGACGGCCGCUUGGUGAUGGACGCUCUGGUAGCUAUGCCAACCUGGAUGGAGGUGUUGGUAUGGGACCAGAGAGGGAGCGGCCCAGAGAAAGGAUGGAGAGAAAUCAGUGGGGUGGCUCCUACCAGACCGGGCUGAAUGGCACUUUGGGAAGAGGGAGAGGUGGAGGCAGUCAUUACACCUCAUCCGAAUCAAUCGAAGUAUCUCCACACAACCAGCACGCUCACAGCUCCAUCCGUCAGUCUCCUGCCCACAGACUCGUCGACAGGUUCGACGGGGGCUCUGUUGCACAGCCGGGUAACACUGGGACCACCACCAGGGGGCACUAUCCCGUCCUAAAUGCAGACGACAGACCUGCCUCAACCUCACCAUUACCUGCUUCAUCUCUCGUUCCAAACACAUACUCUUCACCACUGUCUUCCUCACCUGCUUCAGCCUACAGCAGCCUGGGACGUGGCUCAGGUUCUGUCGCCAAGGUCAUGGCCGUCUCUUCAUCUGCUCCAGUUGAUGCACCUGUGACCCCUGACCUAUUGAUGGACCAGGGUCAAAGUUCAGGGUCAGAGUUCUCAACCGAAGAUCAGAUACAGCAAAUAAUCUACGAUGUUCUACGUCAGGGGAGUACAGAGGGAGAUGCUUCCAUUAAGCGCAGAGUUCGAGUCAUCUGUAAUAAGAUCCAAGGCUUGAAGGUGAGCAGUUCUGAUGACUUGAAGGAGGAGCUUGAGAAAUGUCUGGAUGAAAACGUACAGCUGCAGGAACAGCUGGGAAGGAAGAACACAGAGCUGCACCAAUCACAUUCAGAGCUAACUCAGUUGCGAAUGGACAGAGAGAAUGCAGAGUCUCAUGUUAGAGAGCUGGAGGAUCAGCUGGCAGGACUACAGGAGGAGCUGAGGAGAGAGACAGACAACAAGGCUCAAGCUGACACUAUGCAUAUGGAGUUGAUGGCAGUGAGAGCUGAUUUGGCUGAAGCUGCAGUUCUGCGUCAGAAGCAGGAGGACAUUCUGAGGCAGAGAGAAAGGGAGCUGACUGCUCUAAAGGGGGCACUGAAAGAUGAGGUCUCCACACAUGACAAGGAGAUAGAAGCUCUCAGAGAGCAGUACAGCCAAGACAUGGAGCGACUACGGGCGAGCAUGGAGCAGGUUUCACAGUCUCAGGCAACUAUUGAAGCUGAGCGUCACCGUGUGAACUCUACGGUAAGGUCUCUUCAGCAGCAAUUGGAGGAGAGCAGAGAUGAGGGAAACCAUUGGAGAGAGCAGUUCCAGUCCAGCAGAGAAGAGCUACGUAACACCAAACAAGAGUUACUCCAGUCUCGUCUGGAGAAAGAGGAGUUUGAGGAGGAGCUGAAAGAUCUGCAGGAGAAAAUGACCACAAUGAAACAGCAGAUACCAGAUCCCAAACAGACGCAGACAGUCAGCCAGGAACUUGAGCGUUGUCGUGCUGACCUGCAGAAGGCCCAAGCAGAUUUGGAUAAAUUAAAAACAGAUCUUGACAAGAAGACAAUGGAAAUAGUGUUAUUAAAGAAGAGCAAACAGGAGCUUGAAGCAGAGCAGAAAUAUGAAAUUGACAGGCUGAAGGACCAGUCACGCAGAGAUAAGGAAGAGCUCACAAAAGCUCACGAGAGGGCCAAACAGCUAGCUGAACCCUCAUUGGUGGAGGACUUGCGCAGGGAGUUGAGUGACAUGCGAGAGGAGGUGGGCCGACUGCACAGUCAGCUGCUCUCAGCUGAAGAAGAGCUGCAGGCAGAGAGAGACAAACUCAGCUCUGCUCAAGCCCAAGCAAACAAUCUUACACAUGAGCACAAGGAACUCGAGGAAACCAACACGCGUAUGAAGGAGAGGCUCACACGCCUCGAGUCUCAGCUGCAGGAGCGCAUGUCUCAGAGUAUUGAGGCUGAGCAGGAGCAACAGGAGGAGACCAGGAGACUGAGGCAGCAGCUGGAGGAGUCCAGACGCGAGAACUCCAGACUGGGCCUGGAGAGGGAUGAGCUGGCUCGUAAUCUGGAAGAGAAGGAGAAAGACAGAGAAGCAGUCCGCAAGGAGAACACGCAGCUCGAUGACCAGAGGAGGCAGCAGGAGAGAGCGCUAGACAAACUCAAUAAAGAAAUGGAACGCUUGUCUGCAGCAUCCCGUGAAGAGGUGCGGCUCCUGCAGGCUCAGCUGGAUGAGCAAAGAGAGAAGUGGAGGAAAGAGCAGCAGGACUUGAAUAAAAACACCAAAGAGAAGCUCAGUGAGCUGGAGAGAGCUCAGAGCACCAUUCUGUCCCUACAGGAGGAGUUGGCCCGUCAAAAGAAGGAGCUGUUCUCAAGUUAUGAGGAUCGAGACAAUGCUUUAUUAGAUAAAGAGCUGCUCACCAACCGCCUCAAACAUCUGGAGAGUGAGAUAGAGACUCAGCGUACCACACAAAACGACCGUUCACGAGAGAUCCGCAGUUUGGAGGACAAAAUCAAGCAUUUGGAGCUUGAGUUGGAUGAGGAGAAGAACAGUGCGGAGAUGCUGACAGAAAGAAUCACCAGGAGCCGAGAUCAGAUUGAACAGCUGCGUGCAGAGCUCAUGCAAGAACGAUCCUCCAAACAAGACCUGGAGCUGGACAAAAAUGCUCUGGAGAGACAGAUAAAGGAGUAUAAGUCUCGUGUAGCUGAGAUGGAGGGCCAGUCACGUUCCUCUAAUGGCGUGUCUCAGCUGGAGAGCAAAAUCCAGGAACUCGAGGAACGACUGCGCACAGAGGAGAGAGAGAAGACCUCUGUACUGUCCUCUCAGCGACGGUUGGAGAGGAAACUGAAGGAGCUGAACAUCACCUUAGAUGAGGAGAGACAGCAGCACACGGAGCAGAGAGACCAGCUGACUCUGCGUGUGAAGGCUCUGAAGCGGCAGGUGGAUGAGGGAGAGGCUGAGGCAGAGCGGCUGGAGGGAUUGAGGAGGAAGGCCAUCAGAGACAUGGAGGAGCAGCAGGAACAGAAGGAGGCGCUGCAGUCCAGAGUCACAGCACUAGAGAAUGAACUCAAGAGGAAGAUCCAGCAGGCCCGACAGUCAGUUCUGGAGUCUUCAGUGCUUAGCUCUGAGGAUGAUGAUGAUGAUGGAUUGUAUGACCAUUCCAGCAUAACCUCCAUCCUCACCGAGAGCAAUUUACAGACCAGUUCCUGCUGAAGUCGAGAGAGGAAUCUUAUCUGUGGAAUGGGGUGUGAAUGAGAGCUGCCCGUUGAAACAGUACAUAAAAGGAAAAGGAUUGAUGCUUGAUUCGUGGACACAGAGUAACUUCAGUCCUGCGCUAAAAUAAAUGAUAGAUACUGAAACUCCAGUCUUCUGGUUUCCACCCCUGAGCUUUAACUGCUGUAACACAUCAACCCCAAUUAUUGUGCAAUCUGGGGUUAAACUCUUUUCUGUCCAUAAAACUGGACAACAUCUCGUCAUACACUGAGACAACUGACAUUUUAUCUGUCAGUGAGUCUAAUGGAUUUCAGGCAUUAUUCAUCUAGACCUCAGUUCCACCUUUUGAAAGAAAAGCCUUAAUGAUCCCUUUAGGUCAGCGUUUAGUGUAAAAAAAAGUAAUUUUAGAGGAGAUCAGUUCAGAGUUUAAGCCAUUUAGAAACUGAAUUGAGUAUAUAAGACAAUUUGAGUCAUUAUGGUUUAUUACUUGAAGUAAUUAGGGAUAAAUAGAAGAAACAAGAAGCUUACUUUUGUAUAAAGUGAAUGAAUGAAAGGAAACAUGAUUGAAUUCUGUUUUAAGGGCCCAGAGACCAAUCAUGAGCACUGAUUUCAUUUGGUAUAUGUUAAAAGAGACUGAUAGGAGAUGAAGGAUAUCAGGGUAUUAGUAGAAGGGAAAGGAACACAUCAAUGAAAUUUUUCCAAAAAUGCCAGUUAACACAGAGUAGUCAUGUGAAUGGAAGAAAUAUGUAUAAAAAGUAAAUGUUUGUCAUUAUAGUGUAGUAUAGCAAAAGCAACACAAAUAACAAUGCAGUUAAUAGUCCAAAACAUGCAUCUAAAAAUUGUGAACCUGUUUUACAGUUCUUGCAGGUGAGAAAUAGUAAAUCUGUUUAGUAACAAAAAAAGCUGUAAUAUGUCAUUAGUCUCCAGCUCUUCAUAAUAUACUUAUUUUUUUUAUGUUUACAGAGUGAAAAGGCAUAUCUAUAGGUACGAGUGAAUCAGUACUACACAGAUGCAUCACGGUUUAUAACAAUAUAAUCACAAUAAAGAUAUUUACAUUUCAGCUCCUUUAUUACCAACAUUUCUAUAUAAAACAAUGAACUUAAAGAAUGAGCAAGUUCAAUACUGACUUAACUGUAGCAAAUGUCAUUUAGCGUUAUAAAUAGCAGUUUUUUUUUUUUUUUUUUAAUCAAUCGUACUGUGAAAUUGUCUUUUCUUAUGCAACUACUAAAGCACAACCAGUUUUUCUAUUUCCACCAAAACUGUUAAUUGUUAACUGGCAGGCGAAAAAACAAAAAACAAAAAACAAGAUCAGUGUUUAUGUUCUAUCAUGCCUGAUGGAAAAACAAUGACAUUAAUUUUGUUUGUUUACAGCACAUGAUAUACUGUUGUGAACUUCAAUGUAUAAUAUUGAAGCAGAUUUAUAUAAAGUAACAGCACAACUGAUAUUUCCUACCGUUCAUACAGUAGUUGUCCUAUAAUCCUGUAGUGGAAAAAAUUGGUGUUUCUUGAUACCAAGCUGCCUUUUCUCGUCUAUAUCUACAGUACUUUAUCUAUGCACUCCUCAUCUGAUUCACAUGAAUGGAAAACCACUACAACGCCUUGUAUAUCUAAUAAUUAUUUUUUUGUAAUUGUUCUUGUUCCAAAGUAAAUGAGAAUGAUUUAUGUACUUGUAUUUUGUAUAUAUUUGUAAUAGAAUUUGCAUCACGCACUGAUCAAAUCAAAGGUUUGUAUUUUUCUGGAAGUAAAACCUUUUCUAUCAAAAAUAAAUUCAGUACUUUAAUA